AAGUAACUUUUCAAUUUUGGUAUUUUUUUCAAUUAAAGACAAUAAAGAUAUUUUAAACGAUCGAGCUACAGAAAACAUUUUGCAUAUUUAUACAAGAUUACUGUAUAAUCUUGGGCUACAAAGUUCUCGAAGAUUUAUAUCUUUAAAAUGAUGCACACAGUUAAUUAAAAAUCAAAUUGAUAUAUGUAAAAAAAAUGCAGCUUUCCUGUUUGGAAAUUGCGAUAAUGUGGCUCGUGACAAUGUAUAUGUACGUUUCGCCGACAGUAAAAACAAGAUCUGCAUAGAAAGAUCGUGUGAAGCGAAACCAGAUCCAGUUACCAGUUUCCAUUGUCAAAAUAUAUAACAUGACAUUUAUACAACACGCGCUGAUCUUAUAACACUGCAUGCGUAUAAUUGCAGAAAUCAUUAUUAUAUGAUUCUUUAUCAGAAACGUCAAAUAGAAAACUUAUCUUUAAGACGAGAAAUGGAACUAUUGCACGAAAGAAAAAACGAAUUGUUCCCAAGAUAAGUUCGAUAACUUUGAAAUUUUUCAGCCGCGCUUUGUCAACGUAGAACUCGAUAAUAAACGAAUGGAGAUUGAAUAUACCGACUGGUCGUGGUUGUAGACUGCACGUUUGUGCAGGUUAUGACGACGAUAAUUUUGCGUACACGCGGUUCCUUCCCUCGUGGUUACACACGGAGCCUAGCUGUAAAACCUUAAUGCGAACGUCCCGCCCUUUUUUACGAUGUAACGUAAGAAGAUAAAGAUGUUCGGAAAUAAAUGGCCGGCCAAUUGGAGCAAUUCCGGUUGGGGUGUAAAAACAUAAAACCCGAGUAGAGAUAUUACGCGAGAACGUUCCGCGCGCUUAUGAGUCUUGCCGAAAGCAAGGAAAUUAUUUCCCUUUCACACGGAAAUUACUUACAGAAGAACGCGUGUAUUCUGCAUCUUCCAGACGAGUUAUUUUUGCAAACGAAUUAUUUUGCAUUGCAUCAUGUGUGAAAUUAUUAAUCGCAAUAAAAUUCAAAUCAGACAUACAACAACAUUUUCCUCAAUAAUAAAAUUAAUCGCGGAAUUUUGAAGCAUUUAAGCGAGAAGUUUUGAAACUUUAUUGUAGCAAUGAUUUCCGUUUAUUCCUUUUAAUUUGUCACGUGUAUUUGCGUAUCAUGUUUUUUUUUUUAUCAAGAAUGUUCUAUUAUAUAAUUAUGAUAUUGCCAUUCUGAUGAACAUAUUUAUCGCAUUAGACUCUGCUGUAGAACACAAACAAGUCAUGGCAUUGUUAUCUCUAUUAACAGUUGAGAUAGAUUGCGUCUUUAAUUGCGAGAUAUUGGCGAAACGAGACGGCCGAUGUAAGUAUCGCUGACCGUACGAGGCGAAUUCAGAAUCAACUUUUUACGAGCCCCUCGUAAAAGGCUCUCUGCUCUGGCAUGCUACCUGCUAAUUAAUUCCUAGUUUACGGCUCAUCGGCACAAAGAAAAUACCGCGGAAACUCACGAUCGUGAUUUCGAGCUUUGAAAUAUUUUAAGGUUCCUAAGAAAUAUUCGGCAUUACAUACAGGGUGUCUAGAAAAUCUGUUGGCACUCCCUAUAUUUUGGAAAAAAUUUUAAAUUAUAACAAAAAACUGUAAAAUGCGUGUUUAAUCAUUUCGAUGACUCACUUUUGUAAGAAAGUAGCUCCUCGAAAUGAUCGAACGUUUCAUAAUUUUGAACUGUUUCCGGAAUAUAGGGGGUGAGAACAGAUUUUAUGGACACGCUGUACAGACGUUAGAAAGGAUAACGAUUUUAUUAGACAAAAGAAAUUGCAUAGACGUUAUUUUACAGCUAACUCUUCAACAUUCAAACAAACUCAAUUGUUAUUGGAGUUAUAAUUUAGGACAUUAAAUUAGAACAGAUAGAAAUAGAAACAAAUUCAUCAUGAUAUAAAAAAAAGAACAUAAUUUUCAAGAUAUUUUUUUCGCGAUAUAUUAUCUAAUGUAGUAUUAAAUUACCACAUAAUAGAUAAAAUAAUAUUGAGUAAUUAAAGACUGAACGAGAUUAAAUUAUCGGAAAUAUUAAAUUAAAAACGUGUCGCAAUCAGAAAUUAUUCCACUCCAUUCACCAAUGAAUGUUAAUUGGACUCACAAUGAAACGCUCUUCCCCCCCCCCCUCUCUCUCGCAAUUUAUCCCUUUUUUUCCUCGUGGCCUUGCAGCUGCACCGGUCGCAUCGGCCUGGUGCAACAUGGGGAGAAACGCAUCCUUUGUGCGCACUCGAGUAGCCCGAGGAGCAGGCGACACAAAGAGAACUCGAAACGAAAUCGAAACGCGACGACGGAAUGAAAUCGAGCGUAAUGGCGGGAGUGAAUUCACUCUCCUCCUUUGGCGCUAACAAUCGUAGAGUAAGUCAGCGGUUAUUAAUGAUCGAGAAACGAGCGAGUGAAAGCGAGUCCUCGCGAUCGCGCUCGGCCUCGAAGGAGAUCGAUCUCGGACACAUUUUUCGACCAUUGUAUUCUGGGACCUCGCUAGUCGCGCUCAUUAUCGAGAUGCGAUGGUCGAAAGAGUACAACUGCGACUAUCUUUCAUCGGCGGGGGUCGUUCCAGUGACGGCGAGGGCGUGUACGACACUGUCACAAAACGGCGACUUUAUAAUAUGGCUUGUAGAAAAGAGGCGUUCCUGCGCUCGAUAAUGUUCCAGAUAGCAGAAGAUUGACCUUGCCAAUCACGAUGGUAAAGGCUUAAUUACUAUGAUUAGGGUGCCUACGUCGAUAGCAAUUCAAUGGAUAGUUUCAUAGCUGUCACCAAUAUUAAUUGCCCGUCACAAUGCCUCGUUAUAUUAAUAAAAGCAUAAAAUGAUUAUUGACUAUAGAACGUUAUUUAUAUUAUUGUAAUUGAAUGUUAGCAUCGAGAGCGCACGAUGAGUAACGCGGGGCGAGUAAAGAAUAUAAUUAAAUAAUCUAUAAUUAAAUUGGUGUCGCAGUUUUUUCGAAACAUACGCUAACAUAUCGUUUAAUUAAUAUCUCAGUGUCAUAUUGGAAAAAUGAAAAUUUGAUUUAGAAAAUAAACAUUGAUUUUUUAUUUUAGUUGUUUUUUUUUUAAAUAAAUGUUAUCGAAAUUUAAAUUGCAUCGUUUCAAAGUACAAAUAACUUAUGUCGCGCGAAAUAAUCGCGAAAAUUCGUCAAUAUCAAUUACGUGCAUCUGGCACGGACACGCCCAGGAAGGAGUUCUGCGAUCUGUAUAUAUGUCCCCGUUUUAUUUGUACGUUUCUAUUUCAAGGUAUAUUAUACCUUGCAUACGCGGGAGACUCAUUAGUGCGCUAUCGAUGACAAAAGGGCGCGACUGCGAUUUUUCAUCGCACGGUCGGUCAUUAACGAGACGUAUACGGAACCGUAACAAUGGCGGGCCGACCCGCGGAUAUUUAUGAAUUGAUAUGACGUGGUGCUUAUCGCUGGGGUCAGAUAAAUCACGUAGACGGCGUAAUUGUUACGAGCGAAAUGCGCACCGUUUGGGGUCUCGUUUCGCGACAAAUGACUUGUGGCGAAAUCGACGCGCGUGAAACGAAUGCUCGUAGAUCGAUUUAGAAGUCUGCGCUCGUAACACAGUUUCUUUUGGAUACGAUCGCAGAUGCGUUACGUUUUAAUGUUCGAAAAUAGAUGUGCCGCACACUUGCUUCAUAAUUUUACGAAUUAAGAACUUUACAUAUCUUGCAUUUACAUCAUGAAAAAUGGUUAUUUACAUAAGUUACUUUUUUAUAGUUAUAGCAUCUUGUUACCUACUCGUGUUAUCUACUAAAUUUUAUAUAAUUUUAUAUAAGACACUUGAUUUUUUAUCGACACUUGAUUUAAUUCUUCUAAAAAAUUAUAUUAAUAAAUUAUUUUUACUAUUAUUAAUAGUAAAAAAAAGUGUAAUUUAACAACAAGGAACUUAAUAUCCAAUAAUUAUGAUCUACAUUUUAUUUGUCUCUCUGCUCACAAUAAAUCUUAGUAAAAGUUGUUCAAUAAAAAAAAUAUUUUGUUACGUACUUAGAAACGAUCAUAUUACAGAAAACAUAAAGAUUAUUCGGAAGCUGAUAAAGUGCGAUUACAAUUCUAAGUAAGGUCGGUCUCUUGAAUUCCGUACCGUGAUCACAAGUAAUAAACCGCUGAUUGGUUUUUCGGUUGGAGAACUUUAUCGAGAGCAAUUCUCUCGGCAAACGAAUGACUCGCUCGUGGCAACGCGACAACGAGAACGCGUUUUGAAUUGACAUCCGUCGUUGUAACACGAGUUAUCGCAAACGUCAUGUGCAGAUAGUGGAUGUAAUCUGGACCGGAGGGUGUGACAAGCUUGUUUGGUUUUCCAUGGAUCCUCCAUACGUUCUCUUCUUAAUGACAUCCGAGAUCAGAAUUUGUUUACAAUUAAUUUGGAUUAUUGAGAGUAAUUAUUUUGAAAAUGCAAAAGUUUAUGAAAAAUAAAAUAUUUUAUAAAGUUCCUAACAGACGCGAAAAGUGACGAAGGAGGAGAAAAAUUCUUUUAUUAUAAUUUUUUUUAUCCGAUUUUGUAUAAAUAAAUUUUUCAUUAAAUUUAUAUACCUCAUUUUUUUUCAUUUCACAUUGUUUCAAUAUCUUACAGAAUAUCUUCUUUUUAUAGAAUAAGAACAUUUUACUCUUUUUCGCCUGUUCCAUCAGAAAUUCAAUCGGUGUCCUAGCGACAACGUUGCGUCGCGAUUUCAAUGCGCCACGUCCACGUCGAUGCGGAUGCACCGCGCUGUUUACGGCAUUAUUGUCGCCCGAUAAAGCUGGCCGUUGCAAAUGAUUAUUCGUGUGUGCGUAUCGUGUCUGUACACCAACGCAGUCCGUCCACCAGCUAUUGGAUGUACAUACGCCCAUAGAUAAGAUCGCGAUGCUAAGCUGGCUGGUGGAUCGUAUGAGGAAGCAGUUGAGAAUUUACGAGCUCGUUGCUGCCUUUUGCCACUUUUGUCCUCAAGUUCGUUGAACAAUUAUCUCAUAGGACUCUGGAGAAAGAAUAGCAUCAAAGAACAGUGACAGCGUUAAAUAACGAUUCGCGUUGCCAAAGAAAUCUCACGAAAUAGUUACCAAUAAUUCUUAUUAUUCUCCUGUUGCGACAAUUAUUAUAAAAAUAAUGUUUUGUAUAUGAAUAACAAAAUUUAAAGGUCAAAAAUUAAAAAAUAAUCUUAUAAAUUGUAAGAUGCACAUCGUACGUCUCACAUGCACUCAUUGUGUAAAGUAUAAAUUUUUUGAAGAAUUAAUUUUAAAACAAUCAAUUCUUUUCAUUACAACCGUCUCAUUCUGCGUGAUUAAUAUGCUCGGGCGACACGUGUUUUGUCGAGGUGUUUUGUCCCGGUCCAUGCCUCGAUUCAGCACACGCGCGAGUAACGAGAACGUUUCGCCUCGUCAUUGACGCUUAUUACGAGUAUCCGCACUUCUCGAGAGAUCUUUCGCGUGUCGCAUCUUGCACCGGUUUUCUCCGAGUUACGUGCCAUGCAUUCCUUUGACGCGCCGCGCACAAGGCGCGCGGUUCUUUUUUUUUUUGUGUAACAUGACGUUCGCCCUUUGUCGCGCGAUGCAAACGGUCAAGAUUUUCCGGUUGAUCGCAAAAUUGCGUGUCGGAUGAACAAGCGGCGCCAAUGCCUUAUCGUUAUCGCUACGCUCGAGUUUAUUAUAGGUGCAAGAUGAUUCGCACCUUACAUGCCCGCGGCGGGCGGCAACGGCUAAUCACUCGGCUGGUUAGAUAACGAACGGCGCGUCCUCGAACCGCUAUUGAGAGUUACUUACCUCCCCUCUCCCCCCCCCCGCGGGGAAUAAACUCUACGAUAAUUUGCUCUAAUUGAGUAAUGAAGUUCAUCAAAUUAACUCAUCUCUCUUACGGAUAAUUGAAUUCGUUUUGUCACGCUUUCACAAAGUUCUUUAUUUCACAAGUAUUUCAUUAUUAUUAGAUUGUUAUCCCUUUUGGGACAUGGAUUUCAUUGGUACGUCAAAUGGACGAAUAAUUCUGCAUUGUAGUUGCAACGGAAAAUUAUGUUUAAAGAUGUGCAAUAAUUCAAAAUCGAUAAAAAUAAUUUAUAACAUCCGAGUCGUUCGAAGUUCAGAUAGAAGAAGCUCGACAUUCUCCAGCGAAAUUUCUCGGACCGCUUCUAUGUUCCACUCGACGCUUGGCGCUCGGUCAAGAAUUUCUCCUGAAUAGACGAGAGAGCUAUUCGGAGGACAAUGCACUUCACCCAGGAGCACACCGGCAGCGCGCUAUCACCAUCCAAUUAUUCUCUCGCCGAGUUUCUCUUAAUGGGCCGUGAAAAAACUUUGUCUUUAGUGAAACAGAGGCGCUAAUAUUUUAUUAUAACAAUAAAGAGACUUGAAAAUGCGAUUUUCGCACUUUUACGGAUAAAGUAUUAUUUGAAAUUCACGUAUGACGAAGAAGAUAAAUUGAUCUGCGUUAUAAUCAAAUAAAUCAAGAAGUAGGAGAACCGAAUACUUAACAGAAAAUUUCUCAUUAAUUAUUAAUUUUGCGAAACUUUCAUACAUAUUGUAAGAACACGAUUUCAAAAUAAAUUCGUUAAAGUUAUGGCUCUAGAUAAAUGUUUCCAACCGCGAUUACACAGAGAAUCGGUGCGUAGUCGGCUAUAAAGAGAUGUGUCAAUCGCGUCGGCAUCAUAAACAUUUGCCGCGGCAAGCACGUGCAUAGCACGUUUCUUCAUUCUCGCUCACGCGAGCGUAACUUUCACACGAGACGUGCUCGCGCUCAGUUUCUCAGAGCCAGGGACCAGUCGAUCCAACGAGCCGGACGCAUUCAGAGCAUCAGACACAGGAUCGCCGCGGGGUGGGAGAACGAGACGAAAUGAGGCUUCAUGACUAAAUGCGCGGGGAGAGAGAUAAGAGAGAGAAAGAGAGAGAGGGGGGAGGGAGGGAGAGAGGGGAAAAAAAGAAUUUAAAAAAGGAAACAGACGACGUAGGAUGGGGCACUGGCCGUUUCGAAGCAGGACGUGCGUAUCAUGUCGUGCGUAAGGGCCCUGCGGGCAUAGCGGGUCCCCGUAGGAACUAUAGGCUGAAUGACUAUGGGGCCCCGGGAUGGCGUGACGCAGAGCUGUAUGCCAGUCGAUUGGGUCCAUCUCGCUCGAGACUAGUCGACUCGCGCAGCGGAAAGCCCUAUUGCACGACUUUGACAUUUAGGCCCUGCGCACGCUGGAGGAAUAUUAGAUAUUAGGAAUAGAAAUUGGAAUUUUACAAUCAGUUUUCUCAAUAAACCUUGUAAAUAAAUAAUUUAUCUUAUACGACGCAUUUUAUGUUUCACAUCUUUAUUCGUAUCUAUUGUGCGUUACGUUUAAUGUUUAUUAAGAAAAAGUACACUGAUUUGAAAAUUUUACUUCCCAUUCCUAAUCUAAUAUUUCUCCAUUAUGCGUAAGUCCUUACGUUUAUCUCGCAUAUAUAAAUAAUUGCGAGAAUUUGAUCAGAAGAACGGAAGAUUGUUAAGUGAGUAAGAUUCAAAGAGAUUUCAGAGAGUAUCAAUUUUUAAUAUUUAACAUAAAAUGUUCAAGUAAACUCUUGACAGUCUAGAUUUAAUUUUAAAACUCGACUUUCAAAGAUGAGAAAUCCAUGAUUGAAAUUAACAGCAGUCGCCCUUCAAAACUCUAAGCAAGAAGUUGAAGUGCGAUUCGGACUUAAGCCGAUCACGAAAGGGUUAAGAUCCAUAAGGCAGUCCACCGUGCUACUAACCAGCACAAUUCAUGAGAUUCACACGCCAUUAACUCUAGGACGAUUGCUAACGCGGGCGAAAGAAGAGCAGGCCGAUGAACGUGGGGUUGGCACUUUUAAUUUAUCGCUUUAUUAUGUACUACUUCGCGGGGGACUCGCAAUGCCUCGGUCAUUAGCGGCCAUAAAUACAAUGUAAUACCAUUGUGCGUGAUUUAGCGCACCGGCGGCGCGCGGCGCGCGGCGCGAGAUCCAGUUCAUGUAGAUUCGCGCGCGCGACCUCGUAUGCAAAUCUCAUCACUUGCGGAUGGCAUUAAGGACCGUCGAUAAUACGUUUACGAGUGUCGUUAAGAGCGGACUUUCUGCAAUCGCGAGUAAAUGUCAGCGAUCUUAGAGUCGCGAUUUACACAUCGCACCGUGAUUGCAGUUAGACCGGAUUGCCCCGAUUGGAAGACGUUCAGUUAAAUAUCCCUCCCUGUUUGCACCGCUAUUUUGUUUAUCGGCACAAAUAAUCCGUAUUACGCAAACGAAAAAUGUACAAAGUGUAUACUCGUUCAGCCGGUUUCCCUUUUCUAGUGUAUUCUACGGCAUUAUUUAACUAUCUUGUAAAUCUUUUGCAUUCCUUAUACGCACAUUUUUUGCCUUUUCAUUUAUAACAGAGUUGCAUGUAUUUCAAUAAAAUUGCGUAUCUUAUAAUUUGUAGAAUUAUAUUUGUGCGUUUCCAAAGUCUCUCUCUCUCUCUCUCUCUCUCUCUGCCUCUCAGUCACCGCGAUUAAAUUUUCUUGGCUCGUUGACAUAGACGCUUUCAGUAAAAUGGAUGUCAUCGAUUGCCUUGGAUGCACAUCCUCAUGAGCCGGCAUCGAGGGCCAGUACUUUCACGCCCCGCACGAGUCCUUUCUCGCCCCCGCAAUUUUUCAUUGCGCCCGACGUUUCAUCGAAAAGCCAUCGCAGAGGUUCGAUCGCCCAUUGCGAAACCGGGUGGUUUUAAGGGCGUUUUCAUCUGUCCACCGCGCCAUUGUCCACCGCGAAAUUAUUUAUAGGCGGAGGAUGACCAAACACAAUUUACACCGACGACUACGCGUCGCAAAAUGAGCGGCGGCGGUGUGGUCCAUUGUGCGCGUCGCCGUAAACGUCGAUUCUCGCGUAUUCUGCUAGCUGUGUAUGCAGUACGUGGGUAUGCGUGCGGUCUCGUUGCGUUUCUCCACAUGCAAUGCGCAUAUGUACGCCGACUCGCAAGGACAUAGUUGCACGGACAAUUCCAGUCUUGGAUUGCCGAUUCCCGAGGCGUGAAGAGUAAAAUCGUGACGGCGCGGAUUCAGUCGCAAGCUUGGGAGGUUUUGUGAUUCUCCCUGGUCGUUACGUUUGAAAUGUAAUGUGUUGUGCUUGUAACAAUAGACACACGACAUCUUAACCCUACUGGGGAUGAUGCACUUCCAAUAAUAAAAUAACGAAUUCGAGAUUGACUUUUAUCUAGAACGAACUUUGUAAGACGGUUAUUGCCCGAGUUUCUCAUUUUUAAUAAAUCUAUGUAUAUUCUUGAUAAUAAAAUGUCAAUUGAAUUAAAAUCGAAUUAUGUUAGAAUUGCAAAUUGAUAUUACAUGGAAUUAAUUUCACAUAUUUCACGAAGUGAUGCGAACUUGUUUACAGAUAUAUCGAUUUAUAUGAUAUAAAUUUAUUAUUAGAUUUUAUUUUAGCUGCACGUACGAGAGACUGCGUGCGUCACAACCGAGUAGAGAAGUUUAAAAUAGACUUUUAUACAAACGCUGUUCUAUCUACAGCUCGAACAAAGACGUGUUCAUUCCGCAUACGCUACAAUACAAGCUCGCGUUCGAUACGUCGCAGCUUCACCUAAAUAAGCGAGGUACGGCUAAAGACCCAAUCACGCAAGCGCGAUUGCCAAUUGGAUUGCGAUUGACGAUUAGUGAUUUACAAUUACCCUCACAGCACACUUGUGACGUGACCGUUAUAACCUCGCGAUUGGAACGUAAAAUAUCUAACAAAAUGUCAAGCAAUAUUAAUCGAAAAUUGUCGACUGUGAUAUUCGUUAUUCCUCUGAAAUGAAAAAUUGUUAGGAUAUGCGAUUAACAGGAAAAUGUGACUGCAACUGUUACGUGAUUAAAUUGCAACACUUUACUGGCUACGAUUGGUUGCUAACUGCGAGUGACGAUUAUAGAAUAUUUUUUAAACGGCAGUCACUUAUCUCGGUCGAUGACCUCCUUGCUCGGUUUGAUUGAAAGGUAAUCGCCACUAAUUACAAUCGCAAUCCCGUUAAGGCCAAAUCACACCAGCGAUUGCCGAUCGCUGGUGUGAUUUGGCCUUAACGGGAAGAGAAUCGUUGAGAACGCAUUGUAAUUCGAACAAACGGAUUCCUAAAUAUCGACAUUCGGAGCGCGAGCCCAAACCGCUUGUGGACACGACCGCUAUUGUUCGCGCGACCAUAAAUUCACGCGUAUAUUCGCAACUAAUCUCUCGCUCUCCAGAGAGUUGCACAUUUGGGACGCCACGGUACAUAACAUACGUACCUGUGCAGCGCUGUACAUGACAGUGCAUAAAUUCGAAAGUCAUUUGUCACGUGAAAGUCGAAACAAGCACACAUUUUCUCUUUCCGUAUUUAUACUUUCCCGAUGUUGAUCCUAGGGAUAACGUUUUCCCCUAAAACGCUCGAAUGUGCACAAAUAUUUUGGACAAGAUUUGUAUUCUGUGCGCGGCAGUUAUUUUUCAGGAUCAUAAAUUACAAAAAGCUUUUAUGGCGAAUCUCUCGACAGAUUCAAAUGCUCUUUACGAUAAAAAAAAAAAAAAAAAAAUCUUCAAGAUAGAAAAGAUAAUUGGAUAUUGGACUAUUGAACGAAAUAUACAAUUAUAAUAAAUUGAUAUAAAUUAAUUUAUCUCGGAGAUAUUUAUAUGACGAGAAUCAUUCCGCGUGUAUCAAGUUAAUAGAUUUACAAUUUUCUCUGGAUAUUCUUUGGAUACAGAAUUUAAAGAUAACUGAAAUGACUUAGAAAUGCGCAUGACGAGCCAAAUCGACCACAUUAAAUUAUUUAAUCGUAAGUGAGAUUGCGCCAAAUCGAUCCUAUCAAUGCGGCAAGAGCCGCAUUCCUUAAUAGUGCAUAAGAGAAGCGUCUGGGAAAGUCCGACUUGGAAAGCACCGGAAUGUCAUGCACGUUUUAGUUCAGCGCUAAGUCAAUGCACUCGUAAAUAUUCCAUCGGACUGGUACGCCGAUCAAUUGCGAGUUCCUAAGCACAAGUGUUACGCUCAUCGGAUAUUCCAUGAAAACUUUGCCGCGCUUGUUACUGCAUUGACUUGGAUAACUUUGGCUCCCAGCAGUACCGCGCUUGUGACCCGUUGCACCUGCACAGUUUGUCAUUAAACCAUAGAAGGUUCUAUACUCGAUAGCUUCGAUGCAUUAAUUAAUUCUUGGCGUUGAACAGCGGGGUAAAUUAAAUUUCCUAAAUUGUCUACGAAGAAAUAUCUUCAGUAGACAAUUUAUAUUUUUCGUAUUUCGAGACUGUGGAGAAAAACUAUUACGCCAAAUAAGUCAAUUGUCUUUUUUUUUCUCUCAUACGGACCACCAACAACGUUCGACGGAUGGAAUUCGAUACGUUAUGCGAAGCGCAUACACAUCACGGAUGGUAUACAAAUGAGUAAAAGGUGGGCUUUCGCAGCGUUGAUACGGGAACAACACAGAAUGGGCAGAUGCCGCCGUUUUCUCCGCUCGAGUCUCUUCCGCUUCGGAUAGCACGUUUGCACGUCUAAUUUCCGUCCGAAGCCAUUUCUGUUUUAAUAAAGCCGUUCCUUUUCGUCCUGUCGCAGCGCCGACGAACGAUUCCCGUUUUGCCACGCACGAAAUGAAACGCGAAAGAAAAGUUCGUGCUCCACUGUUUGACUUAAUCAAAGGCCGCAUUGUCAAACCGCAUUAGAAUUAAAUCCCGACGACGAGCGGCACUCGUGUUGUUGUGAAUAAAGAUAAUAAAAAUUAAAUCGAACUAUCGCGAAUACAAAUACUCGUGAUGAUAAAAAUAACAAAAGGGUCUAUCAUAAUUCUUGUACUAAUGAAACUUCUUGUUAAUUGAAAAUAUUUAAUUACUUAUUAAAGGUGUGAGAACGUAUUUUAAAAAAUUAAAAAAGUAAAUAUAAGCCAAUAAUCAUGACAACAGAUGUUAAACAUUCUACGCCCACGCGAUUAGAUACAUUCCUAAAUUGAAUUAGAAAUCGAAAAAUAAAAGCUGUUGCAUCCUCUCAAGAGACGCGCCGUAUAUAAUUUUUAGACGUAAAUUUUCAGAUAGCAUGUUUUAUGUAAUCGUAGGCAACACGAACGUUAGACGUUAAAGACUUUUACAAAGAGUCAGUAAGGCCAAAUGAUCGAUGAUAUUGCUAAACGUUGGCGGUAAGAUCGGAUUUUCCAUGAUUUAUUCAAGUAAAAGUGUCACAUUAUGGUCGUAAACCAUCGAGCGGGAUUUCCCAUAAAUAAUCGAGGAAGUCUUAUGGAAGAUGCGGAGUCGAUUUUGAAUAGGACGCUGAUAUCUCUAAGUCUAUUCUUGCUAUUAAAUAGUAAGGAAUUAAUGAGAAACGUCGAGAGAGAGGGAGGGAGAACCCGGAUUGGCGUACAUGUAUAAAUAUCAGCGAGGCGUUCAAUCCGCUGGGAAUGCAUUUAAUGGCAUCAAUUUACAACGUUUAUUGCUUCUUUUUCUAUUUUAUAUCGCGAGAGAGAAAUCGAUGUAAUUACGGGGAGUUGAACGUUAUCUUUAACCAGACUGCGAUAAAAUUUUCUGAUAUUCUUAAACACCGUCUUGGUGAAAAUUUACGUAAAGAGACUCAAGUAGAGCUUCGGCGAAUGGCCAACCGUGGCCAGCUCUAUUUCAAGGAUCUUCGGUGGAGCGAGUACUCAAGGCGAGCAUGCAUAAGUAAUUAAUUACAGCGUUUACAGGAAAUCGCGACACGCUUAUGUAAGCUCCGACAUCACCAUUUUAUCCUCCAGCGCACCUCGGAUUUCCGGAUAGAGAUCCGCGCUCCGGAUUCUAGUUGAAAACAUUCCCCGCGAAGAUUGAAACCGUAAUAAAACGUUUCAAUGUGUUUUCGAUUUCUACAGGAACGCACAAAAGUAAUCUUUACAGCUGUGAGAUGCAAUGUAACAUUAUUUCGACUCAACUUUUUCAGAGUUUCCCGAAGCUGAAGGAGUUUUAUAACGUUUAAGACAGUUAGCUCAUAAAUCUUAAUUAGGUAAAUAGGUUGACUAUCGUCAAUCAAUUAAAGUCAUUUGAAAGCUGAUCUACUUUUUCUCGGAAGUUAUUGCGUAGCUGUACAGUUACUCUUCACACGUAGAUGCUGGGAUCGGUGUUUUGUUAUCGUGAAAUUAAUGGAUCGGCAAACCGAACGGUCGUAAAAUUGAUUGCCGCUCGGCUAAACCUCGCGAAUCUCGUUUCGUGGUCGCGCGGAAAGACCACGCGACUCUGAAGAAAGCACUAAACCAUCGCGUUGCCCGCAACGAGUUUUCACCGUCACACGACUCGGAUGGGGGUGGGGGCGGGGGAAGAGGGACCUAAAGGAAUCGCGCGGCUUCUUUCUCCUAAUGAUGCCCGUGUCCACGACGACGCGGCUUCCUGCUCGACGACUCCUGCGGCUUCUUUUGCUUCUUUCGUUCGGCAAGUCCGAUCGCAAGCACAUCGAGGUUUCCCACUGACUCCCGCUUGUGGAGAAUUCCAAGAAGGGAGCAAGUAUUGCGACAGCUGUCGGAAAUGGAUAAUUUUUUUUUUAACUAUUUUUCUUGUAAAAAUCCAUCCUCCUUUCUUUAUAGAUCAAUGAUGAAGAUAUCACUGCAGAUGCUUGGAUUAAUUAUGGUGGAAAAUACUGGUAGAAGCACUAAUAGGAAGAUAAAUACAUAACUAGAAUCUUUCAAUCAGCCUCGAGUGACUUGAAAUGAGAACGUUUAACCAGUGAGGUUGCACUACAGAAAGCAUUCCAUGUUACGUGUCAAUGUGACUAGGCAAGGCCAUCAAUCUUUUAAAAGUGCUUGCAUUAUGCUUAUCUCAAGGCACACAUUAUUGGAUUAUUAUACCGUUGUACUGGAGUUCGUAAUACAGCGCGGCAUUGCACGCGUAGUCGAGACAAACGUUGAAAUGCAAACGUUUAAAAUUAUCAAGCGUAUAAGUGAAAUUAUCCAUUUUUAUCCGACGAAAUAAUACCUAAGCGUUUUAGAAAUUCUACCCUAUCGAGUAUCUCGACAUCGUUGGCGUUGCGCGUAUAAACGAUGUUAAGCGCAAGGGCGUAAAGGUUCACGCGGAUUAAACGGGCACCGAAUUACUCGACACUUCCUGGCAGGAAGCGCCGCCGCGCCGCACCGUUAGGACGCGUGCUAACUGUGUAUUCGCGGCUGAUGAAACCUACGGCGCCAGGUCUUGGCGACAGGUCAAAUGCCACGCACCAAUGGCUCCUUUUUCGCAUAUCCGCGCGCGCGCCAACGCGAAUUUCCUUUUGGCUCGGCUUCGGCCCGCUCGCCGCGCCAGCUCCGACCAGAUAUUAGAUACUACGUGUUGUACUACCGGCCAUACGGUAGGUCAGUCACGUUAUGCAAGGAGCGUGGGAUCGCCUGGCGCCGUUACGGGAGCGCGUUCUCGGCACGCCACGUGCUUAGGACGCGGCGCGAUGCGUAAACUUGAGCCGAAAGAAAUUUUCCAUUUACAUUCCGCUUGUCGCAUCAUUCUUUCCUUGUACUCGGAUUCUUUUCGUCUGGAAUUAAUAAAACCCUCCCGAAACUGAAUCGAGAAACCCUGAGUCUUUCAAUCGUGAGCGGCGAGAAAAUGUAAUGGGUUUCACUCGUUUCUAAGCUAAGCUUUCAAAGACAAUAGACAGCAGAAGUUUCUGAUUUGCGAAAACUUUAAUUUGACUUUAUAACAUUUGAAAAUCAACUCCGCGAAGGUAUUUACGUGAAAAAAAAAGAAAGAAAAACAUUGGUGCCAAGAUAAUCAGAGAAUCAUGGAUAAGAGAUUCGUUAGGUCCGGAACAUUCCGUAUAAUACAGUGCGAUUGCGGAAUCGCAACGCCCAGGAAAUGCUUGACGCAUUCUAGAAUGCAGGCAGCACGCUGCACCGUACGCAACAUUCUCGUAAAAAGUAUUGCGAGAUUUCGCUGGUUACGCUGGGGUGCUGGGAAAUUUAUCUGCUUAUGUAAGUCGCUGGAACUCGAGUAUUAUAGUACGGUUAAUUUGCGAGUGUUCGCUAUUCUGAAAACAGCUUUUACACCGUGUUUAAAAUAUUGCCGCGUAAGCGAGAAAAAAGGAUCUUUAUGUAAAUUAUUCGUGCUGCCUUUAUCCUUUCAAAGUAGUUCAACCAAAACGUAAAAGUAUAAAAUAAUUAUCAUGCUUAUGCGAUUUAUAUUCAAGCAAUUAUAAUAACUGACGUAAUAUAAAAUAUUUCUUGAAAUAUAUUAUGCAGAUUAUAAACAGUACGUGCUCAUUAUGUAACAAUAUACUACACGUAUAAUUAUAGGAUUGUUAUAAAGCGCUUGCAACUUUGUGAAAUAUGUAACGUUGUGUUCUGAGAAAAGAAAUUGUGGUGAAAGCCUUGCAAAUGUUAUUACGGCGUUAUCGCUAACGGAGAAAUUGCAUAAAAUAAAGACAAAGAUUUUAGUUCCUGAAAUCAUGCAGAAACCGGAUAAGAAACUUUCUCUGCACGUUACACGUCGUUUAAUCGACCUCGAUAUUACAAUCGGCGAUAUAGAAACUGCUAGCUAUUCGUUAAGUCGAUCGAAACUGUCUCGAAGUUUGCCUGGUCGAAAAAUAAAUAGUUCGAAAAAUAUUUUACGUAUAUAAAUUGAUUUUUUAGUGAAAGUUUCACAUAACGAGUUCGCAAGUGUCAAGUUUCUCAAGAGAAUAAUAAUUAUUCAGAAGAACGUAAUUUAUCUCGUAUUAUCUUAUUAUGCCGUGUGGGCUUCAUGAUUGUUUUCUUUCACGCAACUCGAAGUCAUGCUACUCUAGAGCGCGGGAAACAAAAACGGGAGUGCACACAUGUUGAAUAACCACUUAUUAUGAGAGGGUGCAAUCAUUUUCGCAGAUAAAAAUAUAGGAAGAAAAGUAGGAAUUUUAAUUUCGCAGGAAGAGAGGAAAAUUUUCCGGAAGAAUAAAAGUUUCAAACUUCAAGAGAAAAUCUAGUAACGUAGAACAAUCGAGUGCAUGAGAAAGCCAUGAGGAAUUUACAAGAUAGAGCACGCGCAAAGAUUACUCAACUUUCAAACAUUCUGAGAACAAGAUAAUAAUCAGAAACGAUCAAAAACUGACAAAGUUUUGUAAUUAUAGGAUGUAUAAACAUUUUACUAAGAAUUUCACAUUAUAAAGAUCAUGAAAUGGAAUAAUAAAACCUUUUAGGACAGGAAAGGUAAUCUAUAAUAGCUAGAAUGAUAAAAUACAAAAGAUCGACAAAAAAAAUAGAGAAAUAUGUACGUUAUCGAUAUUUUCAUCUAGAUGUUCCUAUAUCCGAUAUUCCUAUAACGUCCAAUUCUUACUAAAAUUCAACCCAAAUGGGACAGCGCAAAAAUUCUAAAAUAUAUAAAGAAAUUAUAAUUACAGAUAAUACGUAUGUUUAUUUUCCAGCAGCCUUUUGAAAAACGGUACGCUCAUUAAUUUACUAUUUUUGAUAGACAUGCAGAGUAAAAGUAGCGUGAAAAUUUAUUCAUCCAUAUAUUUUCCAUUCAUUUUCGAUACCUAUUUUUAUCAUAAAAAUUCACUAUAAAAAUAGGCACGAUAUUCGAGUGUUUUUAUUUUAUGGUUCAUAUAUCUCGUGUCUCGUGACAUUAUAUGCUCAUCGUUAGAUCUUAACAACGGAAGAAUCGAUUUGUAAAGCAGCGCGAUUAUAUUCAUGAGACAUUAUGGACGAUUAUACUCAGCGGAAGUUACGCACCGUUUGAGUACGUGACUAUUUUAGACACCGGAAUUAAAAGUCGGCGUCUCUCCUCUCGCGUGCCUUAAUUAUGUAAUGGCCAGCUGUUACGAGAACAGUAAUUCGCGGACGGACAUUGUAACCAGUUAUUAACCCAUGAACUCGUGCCAUGCGUUUCUUGAUGAUUCGAUUGCAUAUAUAAAGAAUUUCAUUAAACAGGAGGGGAGUUAAUGCGUUCCCCCUUAAAUUUAUAUACUCUUACUCGCGCAUAAUUUAUGAGAACAAAUGUUAAUAGCGUUUAACCGAAUGUAUUAUUAAAUUCACAUAAUAUUUUUUGAAAUUAUAAUAUUCACCGUUUAUAUUGACGUUAAGAACCUUUCAAGCGUUUGAUCAUUAAAUUUUGAUCAUAAAUUAAUGAAAAUAAUUUUCAUUACAAGUACAAAUAACUCAUAACUGCGAUCGUCACCUUAUUCGUUCGAGUUGAUCUUCGAUUCGCAAAGCUGAAAAUAUUCGCAGCCUAGUGGCCUGAAUAUAUGUUAAGAUACACCGCGCGAACGCACGGGAGGGGCAUGCACGCGCGAAUUAUUAGAAGACCCCCUGGGGAAUUUAUCGUUUCCGCCGUCGUGAACGAACGAGGAGGCUUGUUUCUCGCGCGUGACGCGCGAAAUGUGUUGCGCGCCUCCGGGCGAAAAUCGAGAUUAAUUCGAAAACGCGCGACGAGGAGAACCCGGCGUCGGCGAUUUACGGCGCGCGGCGUAAGCCGACGUUUAAUUAAAACGGAAUCGGGGCCCUCCGCCCGACAGAAACGCCAUGUCCCACGGCUCGAACACGAUCCGACGGUAUUUUCGAAGCGAGGCCCUUCCUCCUUUGUACACAAGCGCGUCGUGUCCGCGAAACUGGUUUGCGCCGAAUAAUUAUUCCCUUCCAGGUAAACGUGCUUUAUCUUGCUAUGUGGGUCCAGCGAGUAACUGCAGCUCCGGGCGCAUCUCCGAUUUGCAGCUACGCUACGCGGUAACUGCCAUAUUUCCGAUGCAAACGGACGGCGCGUCAAGUCAGCUAGGUGACAUCGAAGGAUCGGUUUCUAGUGGAACGGAGAAAAAGGAACAGGCAGGGUCGUUACUCUCGGCGGAUGACGAGGCAGGAGUUCACGGGUCUUCGCCGGAGUGAACGUGACUCAUCCGCGCGCCCUAAGGAGAGAACUAAGAACGUAGUGCGGAGGAAAGCAAUGCUCUCUAUGUCGAGGCUGGACUCGAGAGUACAUCCGGACGCGAAAGUCGAUUCACGCUCUUGGAUUGCGUCCGACGGCCUUGAACGUGCACUGCCCAUCUGCCGCGAUUCUUCACAGUAUCCGUCGGGAUGCACCGUGCUAGAGUGCCAGUUCGAGGCCGAUCGACCGGUGGCCCGGAUCGUCCAGGUGCCCGCCGACAUCGCAGCGACCGCUCGGAAACCGUCGUCCGACUCGUUCUUGAGAAUGACACCACGACGCGAAGACGUAAAGCAGCGGAUUGAUUCGAGCGACAUCUGUUCUCAGAAACAGAUGACUGAUAAAUUCGUAUUACUCCCAGCAUUCUGUACGUUAAAAUCGCAGGAUCCCAUUGAUGAUGCAGCUCGGGCUGGUAAAAUGAAAGUACCAGUGCAAGUUGUCGCCCCUGCGAUUCUGGAGAUCGACAAGAGCGAAAAGCAACUCGACACUUCCACUUUCAAAGUAUUAACAUGUUCGUCGUCAAAAAACUAUCUAAGGGCACCUUAUCGUAAUGAAAAAUCGCCUAAGCCAAUGACUUUUAUUGAAUGCACUACAACACCCAAAGGUCCUUUGGCUAGGAUUACUCAGUGCUCAAGCAAGGCAACAGAAGAGGGAAUUAAUUAUUACAUCCAUUUAGGAUCGAAAUUAGGAAAGAAAGAUAGUUCUCGUAAAAUUAGUCAACCAGUAACUGAUCCCGCUAAGAGGAUAAUUGCUGCUAAGAAAACAAGCUCUAGCAAACGGAUUCUUUCGGGACAAGGUAUUCCAUGUCAAGAUUCGAAACUGGAAGGGACACCCCGUUCCCCUCCAGACCGCGAAUGUUCAGGUAAAGCAGAUUUGAAAAUCGAUAUUUCGCUUCACCCAAAGAUGAAAGAUCCACUUUCUCAAAUAACACGUAAGAACGGUCUAGAAGACCCAAGUUCCUUGAAGAAAGUUUCGAGAACAUCCAAGAGACGAAUUGGUCCAUCCAGCUGCCAGCCAAUCCAACCGGCUAAGGAUAUUUACAGCGACUUCCUUUACAUAAAAUCUUCGACACCGGAUGCAGUAUCUUUGCCUAUAGAAAUAUGCAUGACGCGAAAACGUCUUGAUGAUCAGCAACUUCAACGUUUGACUUCAGAGCAAAUGUUACGAACUAAGCGGAUAGACUCCAAGAAGUCGGACAAAGUAUCCCCGUGUCAGAGAUCAGCAGUAGCCUCUGGGCGUGCUUGCUUAAUUCCUGAGAGAGUUUCUGAAGAUACGUCGCUCAGCUCGCACGAGUUGCUCGCUAGCUACAAGAAUCAUAUUCCAGCCUAUCAGUUGGAAAGAUACGAAGCUUGUCGCACCAAAAGAAACGGUCUUCAGGACGAAUGCAUCCCGCCGUUUCUGCGAACCAUACUGAAAAAAGAGGAAUUCAAACGUACUUCGGACAAAUGUACCGAACGUAAACAGACUGUAGAUAAAUUAGAACAGAGUGAAAUGACUAUUAAGAUCAAAGUGGAUCGAUGAAUCA